GUAGCCUGGUUGUGGCUCUGGGUGGAGGAAUUUUUUGGUUAGGAAAAAAAAUGGGUGCCAAAAAUAAAGCCAGCCAAACCAAGAUUUACCAACAAAGAGUUAAAUUAGAAAAAGAAUUACAAGAAUUAAACGAGCAAUUACAAAACGAAAAUGACCCCACCAAAAAACAAGAAUUAGAGCAAAAGGCCAAAGCAAUAGAACAACAAAUCCAAAAUCUAGGCCAUAAUUCCCCCAACCCGCCGAUUAAUCCAGGUGGCAAUGGACAGCAACCGCCAGUUAAUAAUAAUAAAACCCACCGGCAAAUUACUGUCAAAUACAAUACCGAAAUAGGUGAUAAUCAAUAUAAUUUUUCUUUUUACGAGGAGGAUGCCACGGAAAAAAGAGGAAAUGGUUUCAUUUUUGACGAGAAUAAUGAUAAUUUUCAAUUAAUACCUAUAAACACGGCUCCCUCGCCCUCUAAAAAUCCGAGUAAUGACCCCAACUCUGUCCGAAUAGAGGAGGAGGAAAUUAAAAUUGAAUAUUCGUUUUACAAUGACGAAUACAUAAAAUUUAACAAUUUUUUGAUACCGAUGGGCGAUUUGAGUAAUCCGAUGCAUAUAUUUAUUUCUAGAAAUAAUCCUGUUUGGGGCUGGAGAAACUUGGACCAAACCAAUUUACGAAAAACUCCUAAUUUUAAAAUUUCUUUCUCACCCAAAGACGCUUCUAAAUAUAAAGAUUGGAGGGGGACUAGUGCUAGGGUUCAGGAGUAUUAUUUUGACAAAAACAACAACAAUUUUACUUUGACACCAUUGGGAAAUUGA